GUUGCUGGCUAAACUUAAAUUGCGCAGACGUAUCAAGCGCAGAAGUAUCAAGCAAAGAACCUCCCAAACUUACAACUUACAAUUGCUUACAAUUCCUUACAAUCCAGCACGGCACGCGACGGAUAAACGAUCAACGGUUCCGGUUAUACUUUAUUUACAUUUCAUUAUUCUUUUACUUUUUACGAUAAACCUGUUAACCACGACGCGCCACUAUAGUGGCUUAAACGUAAUUCGCGUUGACGUCUGGCGAACAGAGAAACAGGCCUACGCAACAUUCACCCGUCCCUAACAGAUCUGUAACCACUUACGAGAAACCUUUACCACACAUAGGUGAGUAGAAUCUUGGAUCUUUUUUAACCGACUUCUGUAUCGCGAACGUUCAUAUUUAUUCCUUUCGUUUAAUCAUUUUCUUUUUUCUUUUUUAAUCAAAUUAUAUACCACGCGUAAAAUAAUGUUUUAUACAGGAUUAGCAGAUUGGUACGCCAGACAAUGGGAACUUCAGCAAGGCGCAGACGCCAGAAGUGCGGAAGCAUUCGAAAUAAGAAAUUCAGGAAAAAUUACUCAAUCGGAAACAAUGGUAAAAACCACAUGGGACACGUACAUGAACAACGCUCGUCUUGCGGACAGGAUAACGGAACUGUCGCGUUGGAGACAAUUACUUCGGAAUUUGUUUGAAAAAUUAGUAUCGGAGAUACAAGUUUUGCGAGACGAGAAAACUGACGCGGAAAAAGAAUUGGAAACUCUAAAUGAUCCUUUACAAGUAACGGCGGAAUGUAUAUCCAUGCGAGACUGUCGCAGAGGUACGGAACUUACGUACGACGAAGCCGAUACGGAACUGAAAAGGGAACUGUGCGUUAUCGAAAACGUUAAACGAUCAUUGACCGAUAGGAUUCAAGCUGCAUGGGAAAAACUAAAUCGUUUGGAAGCAGUUAGGUUUGAAGUGGAUCUCGAUAUAGAAGAUAAGGAUGAAACCAUUAGGAUAGAUCAAGAUAAUCUUAAUUUGGAUCGCACAUGCGCAAAUAUUAGUUACAAACCAAAUGCGUUAAGGACUCCAAAAGACGCGAUAUCCUACGAAGCUUGGCUAGAGCAUUGCCGGAAUUCCAAAAGUUUAGCCGAUAACGAAUUAAGCGAUACGUACAGUUUUCGCGAAUCUAUGAACGUAAUGCGAGAACGCGCCAGAAACGAUAUUAAGGCUCAACAAGAUGUAACCGAUUUUAGUUUACGAAAAAGAAUCUAUCAGACGCAAAAAGCUCGCAAUGAAUUACAAUGGCAAAAGCUUAAAAUUCAGAAAGAAAUGGAAAUCAUGCAGAAAGAAAUAGUACGAUUAGAAGAUGCGUUAUUACAUAAAAGCGAUGCGAUAAAAUGUGCAGAAACAAGAUUAGAAAAUCGCACUUAUCGCCCCGGUUUUGAACUUUGUCGCGACGAAGCCGACUUUGGUUUGAAAGAACAAGUUUUACAGUUGCGACAGACUGAAAAAGAUUUACAGAAAGUUAUCGAAAAUUCAAAAGGAGCGUACAACAAUUUGGAAAGUUUACUUUUGCAAAUUGAACGAAAUUUAGAUGAUAAACAACAUUCUUUAGCUACAGAUGUAAUGUGUUUAGAUAUGAGAGCAACGUUAAAAACGGGAGACAGAACACGAUUACCUAACGAAACUGAUCGUAAUAUCGUUCUUACACGUAUGGAGAAAGAAAUACCACUCGAGUCUUGA